CUUCAACCUUCAUCACCCUAUAAAGCAAGGAAUAGUCGCAGCUUGCUCCAGCUUCGCAAGCUUCCCUUCCCUGCUAAUUGAUCCUGCCAUUAGUAGCAAGUGCCAUCGUCGCGGCUGCCGGUUGAGAGAGAGAGAGAGAGCGAUCGAUCGAGGAGAGAUCACGUACGUGUACGCGCGUUCGAUGGAGGCCCUGGUGGCGGGGAGGUACUGGGGUGUCGGGGGACGGCGGUGCGAGGCGUGCGGGGGCUCGCCGGCGGCGGUGCACUGCCGGACGUGCCCGGGCGGCGGGGCGUACCUGUGCGCGGGGUGCGACGCGGGCCACGCGCGGGCCGGGCACGAGAGGGUGUGGGUGUGCGAGGUGUGCGAGCGCGCGCCGGCCGCCGUCACGUGCCGCGCCGACGCGGCCGCGCUCUGCGCCGCGUGCGACGCCGACAUCCACGACGCGAACCCGCUGGCGCGCCGCCACGAGCGCGUGCCCGUGCAGCCCAUCGGCGCGGCCGCGGCCGCGCCCGCCGCGGAGACGCUGCUGUUCGGCGCCGCCGCGGAAGAGAAUCAGGACGACGACGACGGCGCCGCCGCGGCGGCUAAGGUCGUCGGCGUCGACGCCGGUAAGCUGGCGGACUUCCUGUUCGCGGACGUCAUGGACCCGUUCUUCGGCCAAGACUUCACUGGUGGCACCAGGUUCCCGCACGCCGACAGCGUUGUGCCUAACAAGGGAUCCUGCGGCGGCGGCGGCGCUGUGGACCUUGACUUUGGUGGUGGCGUCGCCGCCGCAGCCGUCGCUGCCAAGCCGUCCUACAGCUCCUACACCGCGGCGUCGCUCGGCCACAGCGGCUCGUCGUCGGAGGUCGGCCUGGUCCCAGACGCGAUGUGCGGCCGCGGCGGGAGCGUGACCGGCGGCGUCAUCGAGCUCGACUUCGCGCAGUCCAAGGCCGCCUACCUGCCUUACGCUGCAACUCCGACCCACAGUAUGUCAUCUUUGGACGUGGGUGCGGUGCCGGAACGCGGUGACGGGGUCAUGGCGGGCAGGGUCGCGACGCCGCCGGCGGCGGCGGCCGCGGAGAGCAGGGAGGCGCGGCUGAUGCGGUACCGCGAGAAGCGGAAGAACCGGCGGUUCGAGAAGACGAUCCGCUACGCGUCCCGGAAGGCCUACGCGGAGUCGCGGCCGCGCAUCAAGGGCCGCUUCGCGAAGCGCGCGGACGACAACGACGCCGACGCCGACGCCGACUUCGACUUCGACGCGGGUGCCGCGGCGGCGACGGCGCCGGCGCGGUCGCGGUCGCAGCAGCAGCAGCCAUCGUACCCCUAUGUGCUCGACUUCGCCGCCGGCUACGGCGUCGUGCCCACAUUCUGACGACGCGUACCGUGUAAUUAUUGCUGCUGCGUCGCGUGCCCAUGUUUUUGAGCCGGCCGAUGCUUGGAUUAGGCCGGCGUGACGCGCGCACACGAAUCCGGCGUGCGUGCCAUGCUGCAUGCGCGCGUGCGUGUUUGCUAGAGCGGCAGGCGAGCUCUAGUUGGUGGUUGCGGCAUGCCGUUUUGAGCUAGCCAUGGGUAAAAUUAGCAGGCUAGUGUGUACUGCUACUACGUGUUUGCUGGAGCGACCAGUUCUAGUAGUACGCGUUGUACUACUUGUGUAAUUUUAGAUCAGGAAGAUGCUUAGCAUCUGACGGUCUAUUUCAAUGAUGAUCGAUGUAGUAUUAUGCUAUAUUUGGCAAGGCCA